AUGGUGACCUCCAUCAAACCAGCUAAUCCACAAGAUGAAGAAGCUGCGAAGAAAGCAACUCCAGCCGCAACAAGUGCAACUCCUCAACCAACCGAAGAACCUGUUCAACUGUUCCAACAACAGCAAGAUCAAAUCAGUAGUUUUUCUCAUGGUUUGUUAGUUGAUGAUGAUGAGGAAGAAGUGGCCAUGUUAUUUGAGAUGGAAAACAUGCACUUGCCAAGAGAAGAUUACUUGAUGAGAUUACAGAAUGGGGACUUGGAUCCCACUCACAGGAGAGAUUCCAUUCACUGGAUAGCCAAGGUUAUUGACUACUACGACUUUGGACCAUUGAGUGCCUAUUUAUCUGCAAAUUAUUUGGAUCGAUUCGUCUCCGUCAAUCAACUUCCUGCAAAUCCAUGUGUGAUGCAGUUGUUAGCUGUGACUUGUUUGUCUCUGGCUGCUAAAGUGGAGGAAACGCGACGCCCCCCAUCUUUGUAUCUACAGGCUUGUGAACCAAAAUUCACAUUUCAAGUGACAACAAUAAAAAGAAUGGAUCUUUUAGUGUUGAGCACAUUGAACUGGAGAAUGGUAUCAGUGACACCUUUCUCAUUCAUAGACUACUUCCUUAUAAAGAUCAAUGGACAUAAGCCUUCGAGAACUUUGAUCUCAGCAUCAGUUCAACUUGUAGGUGCUACUGUAGGAGAGGACUUGACUAGUCCCCGUGUUCAUGUCGGUGCUUCACAGGGUAUAACUGGCAUCCGCAAAUAA